AUGGAAAAAAAAUACUUUCUUUGUGUUUUUUCCUCCUUCCAGACUCUGACGGCACCGGCUCCAUUUGCAGAUGAAACAAGCUGUCAGUGCCAAGCCCCCCAUGAGAAGCUAACCAUUGCACAAGCCCGCCUGGGAACACCAGUUGACAGACCUGUCAGAGUAUAUGCAGAUGGGAUAUUUGACCUCUUCCACUCUGGCCAUGCUAGAGCUCUUAUGCAAGCCAAAACUCUAUUCCCAAAUAGCUACUUAUUAGUAGGAGUUUGCAGUGAUGAUUUAACUCACAAAUUCAAAGGCUUCACUGUGAUGAAUGAAACUGAGCGAUAUGAAGCCCUCAGACACUGCCGUUACGUGGAUGAGGUCAUCAGAGAUGCACCCUGGACACUGACACCCGAGUUCCUUGAAAAACAUAAGAUUGACUUUGUAGCCCACGAUGACAUCCCAUACUCCUCUGCUGGCUCGGAUGAUGUAUACAAACACAUAAAGGAGGCAGGAAUGUUUGUACCAACACAGAGAACCGAAGGUAUCUCCACAUCGGAUAUCAUCACAAGGAUCGUCCGGGACUACGAUGUGUAUGCCCGGCGCAACCUCCAACGAGGAUACACCGCCAAAGAGCUGAAUGUCAGUUUUAUAAAUGAGAAGAAAUACCGCUUUCAAAACCAAGUGGACAAAAUGAAAGAAAAGGUCAAGAACGUGGAAGAAAAAUCAAAAGAAUUUGUUUACAAAGUGGAAGAGAAGAGCCAUGACCUCAUUCAGAAAUGGGAAGAAAAGUCCAGGGAAUUUAUUGGCAACUUUUUAGAGCUUUUUGGACCUGAUGGAGCCUGGAAGCAGAUGUUCCAGGAACGAAGUGGCCGAAUGCUCCAGGCUUUUUCUCCCCGGCAGAGCCCAAACAGCAGUCCUACGCGAGGCCGUUCUCCAUCUCGUUCUCCAUCUCCGCCCUGGGUCUUCAAUAAAGCCUCUCCUCCCUCUUCUCCAAAAGCUGCCUCUGCCUCCCUCAGCAGCAUGAGCGAGGGAGACGAGGAUGAAAAGUAAGAUAAAGAUAUAUUUUUUUAACCAUGAGACAGAAGAACAAGCUAUGAACUCAACUGCUGGAUGGGGAGAAGCGUGAGGAACAUCUGGGGUAUCUUUGACAGCAGGCAACGUGCUCUGGGAGAUGAUGCUGAAAACAGACUGGAGCACAGCAAGGGAGAUCUCAGGAGGAGCUUAUCCCAUCCCCGCUCUCUCACAGUGCCUGGAGGCCUGGCCAGCAGUGCUUGCCAGACACGAUACCGGGGACUGACAGAAAAAUACACACCUUUGUGCAAGCUCCUGUCCAUGUGUUGCUGCUUACAGCUGCUGCAGGCAGGCCAGGCUGGUGGGGAGCUCUGCACUGAGCGGCACUGGCAGGAGGAGCCCUGUUGGCUCCUGACCCGGACCCGGCACACAGGCACGUGACGGCUGCAGC